AAUCCACAACUGAAUGUUGUGUUUUCAGUGCUGCAGCGAGGAAAGGUCUGACCUACAUGGGCAGAGUGUCUGGCUUUAUUGGAGGAAGGGCUAAAAGAUUUGGAAGAAAUGUACAGUGGAAGCUGCUGUGAGAUUGUUCAGCUUUGUUAAACCUGCAGGCUUCUGCAGUUUAUUUUCUUAUUUAGAGAAAUACUAUAUCAGAACCGACUGACAGCUCACUGUAAUUCCAAACCUUGAGCAAUCUACAACGUUGGGACCAAUGUACAGCAGCAGCUACUCCAAAGUCACUCCAGCGGCUCAGAAGAAGAUGCAGUACCGCCCUAAGGGCAAGAGUUGCGGCUAUUACAUGCGCAUCAUCUUCUUCUUCUCGUCUCUAAUUCAGUCUCUCAUCAUAGUCAGCCUUGUGCUCUUUCUCAUCUACGGGAAGACCCAGGACUCUGCGUCCUCGGCCCAGGACCUGGAGGAGAGCCACAGCCGACUUUCCAUCGAGAACGUCGCCCUCCGGGCGCAGAGGAAAAAUCUGACCAACCUCCUUAAUGUCACCAUCACUGAAAAGGCUAAGAAUGACUGGGACCUUCGUAAAAUACGGAAUAUUGUCAACCGCUCGAUCACAAUGUUCCAGGACAUGGACAAGCAGCUGCUUGAUUGCAACCAGGGGUGGUCGGCCUGCAAAUACACCUCUUUUGUCAACCAAGGCCGUAGUAUUUCACCGCAGCCUCCUGGGAACUGUAACUGCGGCCUGCUGGUUCAGCAAAUGAAAGCGGGACUUGAAAUGUUGGAAUCCAACUUGACUCAAACAAAGCGCAUAAUGGCAUACGAAAAAGAGCUGAUUUCCAAAGAGAGGGACGCCCUUAUCCUGGAAGCUAUCCGUCUCAGGAGAGACAAAUCCACUGUGGAGAAGGAGCUGGAGCUCUUCAAGGAACAAUCGAAGGACAAUUUUGCCAAGUUGUUGGGUCCUGUCUCCACCGUCUCUCAGGCAUUACUAGGGAAGAUUGAGUCUCUCUUCCCUAAGCAUAUUGCAUUCCAGCUCACUUGUCCAAAACAAAUGGAACACCUGGAGCAGAUCCAAAGCAACUGCACCAGCCUGUCCCGGGAAGUGGAGAACAAGCUUCAGCGCUACCUGGACAUUGUUGGAGACCAGGUGUCAAAGUUGCAGUUCGAGAACAACCACUUAAAGGCAGAGAACUGGCGGUUUUCAGAGGACUAUCGCUGGUGCAGCCAGAACCGCACCGGCAUGAUUGAGCAGCACAAACGUAACAGAGAAGAGCUUCAGCUGAAUCAUGAUAGGGAGAAGGAGAGACUCCUGAUGGACAAGAUGAGGAUGGCAGGGGAGAUAGAGGUCCUGAAGACCAGUGUGAAAUACAAAGAUGCAGAGGUGGAUGUCCUGAAAGGACAAAUAAAUCAGCUCAACAUGUCAUGCAUGGGGAGGGCUGGACCAGGUGGAUUUCCAGGAGGGGUCCCGGGCUCACGUUCAACCAUACCGAAUCCACAUGGGAUGGGCUCAUUUGGUGGUGGUGGUUCCAACUAUUCUCCUUUCGGUUCUCCCAGUUUAGGUCAAGGUAGGACAGGCAUUGGGUCAGGUACAAGCUUUGGCUCUGGUUUGGGAGGAAAUAGAGUUGGAUCCACUGGAGCAGGCUCAUCGAGUUCAACUCAGCAACAACCUGGGUUAAGUCAAACCUUAACCAACAUGGGGCAAGGAUUUAAUAAACCAGGAUCAGUAGGAGCAGGUUCAUCAAGUUCCAGUUUCCUGACACCUGGGUUGAGGUCAAGCAUAGGUAACACUGGUGUUGGGUCAGAAGCAAACAAACCUGCAUCAAGUGGGAGAGCGUUUGCCAAUUCUGGAUCAGUUGGGUCAAGUCUUGGCUCAAGUGGGACAGGAUCAAACAAACCAGCAGAGGGUGGGAGAAGCUCAACAACCUUCGGGUCAUCGUUGGGGUCACUGGGGUCCAGUUUAAAUCAAGGUUCAAGUGGGACAGGAUCAAACAAACCAGCAGAGGGUGGGAAAAGCUCAACAACCUUCGGGUCAUUGUUCGGGUCACUGGGGUCCAGUUUAAACCAAGGUUCAAGUGGGACAGGUUUAACUAAGCCAGCGUCAGGUGGGAAAAGCUCUCCGAGCUUUGGGUUUGGGUCAUCAUCUGUAUCGAGUGGGACAAGUGCAACAAGCGGGUCUAGUGGCUCAACAAGUAAAACCUCAUCGAGUUUCCCUUGGUUUGGUCAGGGUAGCAGUACAUCAGGGCAAAGUAAGACAGGAAGCGUGCCAGGGAGGACAUCUGCUGGGAGUGGGAUUGGUGGAACUGGAUCUAUGUUUGGUGGAGCAAAGACAAACGGAGUGUCAGGUGGCUCAGCCAUCACCCAGCACAUUCAGGAACUACAACGCCUGAUCAACCCACAAGGGCCCCAGGAGAAGCAAGAUCUAUCCAGAGCACUGGGUUAAUCCUGCACAAAUACAUGCAAAGAUAAAGCAAAGGUUUAGAUAACAAAGGCAAUGUAAUGUGUUUAUAACAGAGAUAAUGUAUGUUUCUCAUACUGAGCUCAUGUAACCUGGCUAGCAAAAUUGCUUAUAUCUCUUGAAGUUCUUUCCAUCUUUUUUCAUGUUAUAAUCCCAAACCUCCAUGUAUUUUCAACUUUAUUGUUUGGGUUGUGAUAGAGUAACACAAAGUAGAGCUUUUUUCUAAAUGGAGGGAAAAUGACACAGUUUUUGUUUUAUUUUUUCCAUAUAUAAAUGUGAAAACCAUGAAUAAGUAUCCAGCCCCUCUGGAUCAAUACUCGGCAGAACCACCAUUCACUGCAACUACAGCUACAUAUUUCUUUUGGAGUACAUCACUACCUGUUUUGCACAUUUAGACUCUGAACUUUUUGUCAGUUCCUCUUUACCAAACAGUUAUAUUCAAACAUUUGGGAAGUCAGUCGUUAUGCAAUAUCCACCUUCUACAUUUGGAAAAACAUGUGUUGCUGGAGGUUGAAGCUAUGCUUCUGUCUCGAGUAUUUUCCAGCCUCUAAUUGUAUAUUUUUUUGUUUGUUUUUUGUAUUUCAAGAAUUGUCAUGCUUGGUCAUUUUCCCAGCUUUGACCAGCUUCCCUAUCCCCACAUUAUGAUUAUGCGUUCUCGGUAAACGGUUGCUACAUAUAAUUUUUCACAUAGGCUAACAUAUUUAAAGGGUAACUCACCCCCAAAUCAACUUUUUUUUUGCCCAUAAACUGUACAUGGUGUUCCUAUAGUACGUUCUACAUAUCCUGGUCAUUAUUUAGAAAAAGUUGUGCACAUUUGUUGAAAUCCUGCUUUUGUUUCUAAAACCGUCAGUGUGCUGAUCUCCUUGGGUUUAACGGUGGUCUUGCAUUGAAUUUCGAAUUAACAUUGCUUUCAGUUGAUGUGACGUAGUUCUGAGAGAGCGGCCUCAGACUAACCAUACAGAACAACUAAAAGUCACACCGGGGGACUCUGGCUUCUAAAGGCAAAUGUUUUGACGUUCACUUUAUUUAGGGUUAUCAGAGUAAAAGAGGUAAAUGCCAAUGCAAGCUAUAAUUUUCAGAUUUUUACAAGUAAAAGAUUUCAUUUUGAAAACUAUUUCCCCUCCAUUUCAGUUACGCUCUAUUUUUUGUCAAUCAGUCACAAAAAAACAUGCCGAAAAUCUCAAGACAUAUGAUUAUGUUUGCAAGGCACUGUAUUGCAUAUGGAAAAAUAGACUUUAUGAUAAACAUUUCAUUUGUUACAUCUUUAAUACAUAUGCAUAAAAUUUAUUUGAAAAGUGUGUCGCUCUGUGGUAAAGAUUGUGUUACACAUUGUUUUCAAACAGCGUGUCAUUACCAUCAUCAUAUCAUGAUGCUGUAUUGUUGUGCAAACACAGCACAGAGUUUCUCUUUUUUGUAAAUAUAUGAAAAUAAAAUUUUUGUUGGAACAAAAGCA